UUGGAAAGUUGACAUUGGUCUUUUGAUUGUGCUGAACAGUUUUACAGAGCAAAAUGGCUUCGCUAUCACUAAAUUCAAUAAAACAGCUUAUGAAGGCUAUGGUGGACACCCCUGGAUUUGACCGCGUUUUAAGCAAGGUCAGUAUUUUAUCUGCGAGCCCCGGUAAGGUUGUAUGUGAGAUGAAGGUUGAGGAGGAGCACACGAACCGAGGGGGCACACUUCACGGGGGGCUUACGGCGACCCUGGUCGAUGUCAUCUCCACCACUGCGAUCAUGUAUUCAGAGAGAGGCGCACCGGGCGUCAGUGUCGACAUGAAUAUCACGUAUAUGAAUGCAGCCAAGAUGGGAGAAGACGUCCUGAUCACCGCGCAGGUUCUGAAACAGGGACGGACGCUUGCCUUUGCCACUGUAGAUCUCACCAACAAAGCAACGGGGAAACUGAUAGCACAGGGCCGACACACAAAACACCUGGGUAAUAGUUAAUAUUUUGUGUGGUGGCAAAACUGUUGUCAGGCUGGAGUAGAGUAAGUAGUACUACUGUGUGUAAAUAAUCAUCCUACUUUCAAAGCUGUUAAUAAAAGAGAUUCUCAAA